AUGAAUAUUUACUUGAGCAUAUCGAUUAAUUUGUUAAUUGGAUCAGAUGCUAUAAUCAACUUUUUAUAGACAGAUUAAAGCACAACCUUUAUAUUAACAGCAAUAAGAUUGUCAAUAGCUUUAAUCAAUCUAGUUUUUUAUUUUGCAAUCUAUAAACAGUUUAAGCUUCCAAUAUUUAAUCUUUGCUUAUAACUUUCAAAUCAAAUUUAAUUGGUUUCAUAGAUUAGGUAGGCAUUUACAAAUUUUAAUUCUUAUCACUUUUAUUUAUAUUUGCUCAUGUCUUAUUAAGAAUAAUCAAAUCAAUAACACAAAUAUUUACAAUAUAUCUCUAUAUUUUAUUGUAUGGUAGAAAUUCAACUGAAUAAUACUCUCAUAUAUCAGUAUAUUUUAACUUCUAUGACUAUGAUUUUAAUAGUCAUGAUAAAACUGUUGAACUUACAAUAAUUGAAUCAUAAACAUACAACAUCACAUGAGAUUUUGUAUUCUUAUUCUACAGUACCUUCAGAAUAGAUAAUGUCAAAUAGAAAAAUUGAUCUUAUUUAGAAAGAUGAAUUAAUUUAUAUAGCUAAUCACAUUAAAUAAGGUAUUAUAUAUUUUUCGACAACAUUUGAUAUUCUAUACAUUAAUGAUAAGGCUUCAAAAAUAUUAAUGGCAUAGACUGAUGAUUAAGCUAUGCACUAAUUGUAGAAAAUUAUAUUAUAGUAAAUUUUUAUUAAAUUCUUAGAGGUUUAGAAUAAGAAGAAUUGUUAAAUAAAUAAAACAAAGAAAUUAAAUUACGAGGAUCAUAAAAAUAGCUACCAUAUAAAUUGGAUUAUACAAUGAUAGAAUCUAUAAUUGAAUCUGCUGAAUAACAUUUUAAAAGACAUUAAUCCAUCAAUGAGAAACUUUUAGAGUAGCAAUUCUCAUUUAAAAAAACCAAAAAAAAUAUUUUAUCCAAAAAUGAUUUUAAAUAGUUGCUUUAAUCUCUUUUUAGCGAAUCAUAAAUAUCUUCUCUGUAAUAAUAUCUAUUACUGUAGUUUAGAACACAGGAGCUUUAUUAAAGCAAACAAAUUAACGGUUCAUAUUAGUACCAAUAAUAAUGAAAAAAAAGUUAUAGAAAUAGCUUUUUGUAAAAUGAUUAAUUUACUCAACCAAAAUUGCUAUUUAGUAUUAUUUUCAGAUAUUACUGAAGUGGAGUAGUAAUAGUAAUUUGUUUAAAAUUACUAAUUGUAAACCUUAUUUUUUAAUUCAUUUUUACAUUAGUUACUUACAACUUUGAAUUGUCCAUUAAAUUUAUAAUAGGCUUUGAAGAAUUAAAACGUUUAAGCAAAUCUUAUAUAAUAAUAUAUUAAUCCUUCAAUAGUUUCAAAUAAAUUGCUUAUGCAUUAAAUUAAUGACAUUUUAGAUUAUGCAUCUUUUGGUUUAGGAACAUUUCAUUUAAAAAUGUAAGACUUUCUUAUAAAAGACAUAUUUAAAUAAUUAGAGGAAUAUUAUUAAGAAGUUUGUAAAAGUAAAGGAAUUAUAUUAAAUUUCAUAAUUUUAGAUGGUCUCGAAAAUUAAAAAAUUAAUAAUGACCCUGAAAGAAUUCUUUAACUACUUGUUAAUUUACUUAAUAAUUCAUUAAAAUAUACCGAAUAAGAUGAUACAAUCUCAAUAACUGUAAAAAAAAAAGAGAAAUCUUCUGGAUUAAUAAAUUUUAUUAAAUUUAUUGUUCAUGAUACUGGUAAAGGAAUUUCUAAAGUAGAUUUAUUAGCAAUAAAUAAUAUUGUAAAUAAUAAAAUGGAUGAAAGUAUAUAUUAUCAAUUGAAAAAUUUUACAACAAAAUAUGUUGGACUUGGUUUUUCUAUAGGAAUGAAAAUAAGUCAUGAGUUAUCUUAUUCAAAAAAAUCAUAUUUUAAAAUAAGAAGUAAAGAAGGAGAAUAUACAAAAAUGAGUUUUAGAAUUAAUAAUUAAUAUAAUACAAUAGCUAGAUCACUUAAAGAUUCAAUGAUAAAAUAAAAUGAUAUAGUAGAAUCAGUAAGUAUUAAUGGUGAUAGGGUUACUAUUGAAGAUCAUUAAAUGCCAGUCUGGAACUAGAAACUGUUUAAUUAAAGAUAAAUUUAAAAUGAUUAAAAUCCUUAAAUUCUUAUAUGUGAUGAUGUACCAUUUAAUCUUUAGUCAUUAAAUUUAUUAAUUAAGAAUAUAGGAUUUGAGAGUGACAUGGUUUAAGAUGGAUUAGAAACAAUUAAUAGAGUUAAAACAAGAUAGAAAAUGUAAUAAAUGUAAUAUAAAUUGAUUUUAAUGGAUCUUGACAUGUCUGGCUUAAAUGGAUAUUAAACUUCUGUUCAAUUAAUAGAAAUAGAUAGAAAAUUAAAUAUAAUUAUGUGUUCUGCUUAUGAUUCUGAAAAUAAUCUACUUUAAGCAUUGGAGAGUGGAAUUAAAGAAAUAUUAAUAAAACCUGUUAGAAUAGAACAAUUAAGAUAAUUGAUUUUUAAAUAUUUAAAAUGA